AUGUCAGAAUUACCCCUAUAUACACCAGUUGCGACCACUACUCAGGCGCAAGAUAUAAAGAAUCAGCCAAUAUCCACAAACGAUGAACAGUUUAUGUCCAUAUAUCUACCUUUUAAGGUGUUUAAUUCGAAAUUUCGAUUCUUUUGGUAUCAUUAUUGGACCCCAUUGAUAAAUAAAUUACUCACUGUUUCUUUUGUUGGAUUUUUCACUACAUGUUUCAUUGUAUCCCCUAGAGUAUCAGUAAUUUUACCAACUGUGUUACUUUCAAUAUGUAUCGUAAUUGUGGCUAUUUUAACAGGUUGUAAUACUUUUGGUAUUGGGGAUAGAUUAAGUUUAUUAGAUUUUAAUGCUAAAAAGGCAUUUUUAACAGAUGUAAUUAAUGAAGCUCCAGAUUAUAGAAUCAAAAGAUGGAACAUAAUUGCUGCUAGAAUGAAUAAAUUCUUAUAUGAUGAAGAAAUAUUUCCAAAUUACUACACUUUAUAUGAUGGUAGGGAUUGUUUAAACAUGUAUAAUUUCCUUGUUGCAUCUUUGAAACCCUCCGGUUUCCAUGGUGCCCUCCAACAAUUUUUUGGUUUUUCAAAAGCUCUAACCAACUCCAAUGAAAGUUCGUCGGUAAGAGAUGUGGAUGAAAUAACCGUGGACCUCUUAACCGGUUUGGUAGUGAGGGCUCAGGAAGUUAUACGUACCUCUAUUGAGAAUUUAUAA